AUGGCAUCCGAUACGCUCAUCCCAGUCUUCUACCGUAUUGUGUUCACCAUCAUCGACCCCUUCUUUUGCGCCCUCGGCAUCGCCAUGCACCUCUUCACCAAAACCGAUGUCCUCGCCGCCCUCUCCCCCGCUGCGGUCGUGCCUGUUGAAAUCCUGGCGUCAAGAUGGCGAGCUCGCGGAACGAGCGCCACAGUGCCCCCCGGCUCCGAGACCGUGCUCCUUCUCGACUACCUCGUCGGCUUCUUCGCGAUGCUCGGCGUUCUCCAGGUCAGCCUGCUGCGUGCGCGCCCGGCUUACAUGUACGUGUGGAAGGCUCUGCAGUUCGCCACGCUGGUGCUCGACGUCGUCCAGGUCGCCGCGACGGCACGCGCGCUGCUUGUGCAGGGCCGGACGGAACCGAGCGCGUGGCUGGGCGGAGGAAGGCAGAACUUUGCGGGGAAUGCGGUGUUCGGGCUGAUCAGUGCUCGGGAUAGGGCUGGACGAGACGAAGACGAAGACGAACUGAGUAACUCUGCCAUCGUGGCUGCAGGCGUUACACCUAUGUGA